AAUAAUAUGGCGGACGGUGGAUGGUGUCCAAUCUCUUACUUGAAUGAUCUUUACUAUAGGGUCAUUGUUUUGAACGGGAUUGGUGCAUGUCUAAGAACGUGGCCGCUUGAGAUGCGCAAGCAAAUCUGUAUGGCUGAGUCGAAAACGAAGGAUUGUCCCUACUGUAUAUCCUUAUACUAUGGAAGUAGCAUGAUGUAGUAGUACACCUUACUUUCUUUCUAUUUAGACCAUUCAUAGUUCCUAUGUUCAUUCCAAUAUUCAGGGCAGAAGAUCUGACAGUGAUUAUCGGAGCACGUAGCAGAGCUACUAUAAAUUCGAUGAACAAAUUUAAUUAUAUAAUACUGUUUGUUAUCGCAAAAAAUGCCUUAUGAGACACACUUGGAUAUGGAAAUACGAAAAUUGAGACCCGCUGAACUAUAUGAAUUAGGAAGUAUAUUAAGCAUUUCUGAUUCAUGGAAAAAACUGAUGUCUAUUGUGCCUAAACAAGGAAAUGUUUCUAAAUUUAGUAGUGACCAUAUCAGCAAAAUUGAACAAACGGCACGUAGAGACAUUCGCAAUGCAGCUCAAAUAUUUUUGGAUGAGUGGAGUACUAUGGGGAGAAAGAGACCAACAUUAAAAUUUUUACUAGAACUUCUUAUAAAAGCAGAAUUAUUUAGGGCCGCUGACUAUGUGGCAUGUGAUAUAUUAAAACAGGAAAGACCAAAGAGGCCAGAUUAUGGUCCAGCUGCUUCUAUCGAUAUAAGUGAUGCAGCCAUAAAUCAAUUAGAUAAGCAAAUGCUUCCACAGAAUACAUUUGCUAAUUCCAUAAUAAUAGGAUCAACAUCAAUAAUUAAUAGAAUAUGCCCUUCUGAAAAACCUGCAAAUGUGCAGGCAGCGCAAAGUUAUAAGUAUGAAGAAUUACCAUCUGAAGAAUUACCUGUAUUUCUUAAUAACUGUAAAUAACUUAUAAAGUGCUUAUAUAUAAUAAAGGGAUGUUUGUAUUUUAACUGUCUAAAGCAAUGGAUGUUUGAUAUUGAUCUAGGUUUGUAAUUCGUCUAUUAAAAAAUAUAUGUACGCAAUAUAAAUAAAUGUAUAUUUUGAGAAA